GCAGCGGUGAGAGCUCAGCCUCUGCUGGAGAAGAUGGGCAGGAAGGACGUGCAGGUGGACGCCGUGGAGACGGACUCGCUGGCGGUGCUGAUGAAGACGGUGAACCAGCUGAGCGCCGCUGCUCCUCACAGUCUCGUCAUGCUGCUUGCUCCCCAGAGGCAUUCUGGGAAGGUUCUGUGUGCCUGUCAGGUUCCCAAGGACUCUCCGUCCCUGUCUGCGUCUGAUUGGGCGGUGGCGGUGUGCCGUCACCUCGGCGGCAGCGCCGGCGGCUCGGCGCUGGUUGCCAAGGGAACUGGAAGCAGCGAUGACAUCAUCGAGGCUCUGCGGUGGGCCGAGGCGUUCGCUCGCCAGAAAACACGCCGCUGAACUGUUUCCUGUCUGGACAGGAAGUACGGGGGCGGGACUUUGAAGAGACAGCGGCCUGUUAGCAUGCUAAUGGCUAGCUGCUGCUGAACUGACAGGUGGACAAAAUAUCAGAAACACCUGAAACUGGAACAUUAUGACGUCAUAAAGGGAUUUCUUCUUCUGAGGAUUAUCAGUGUUAAGCUUUAUUAUUUAUAUUUAAUAAAUCUGAACUUUACUUUUCAAAUAAUGGGGGGGGGGGGGUGUAGGGGAAUCCAUGAGUAAUCCCAAUGGUUGACAUGUGUAGAACUAAAUAAAGUAGACGUUGUUUUGAACAAUGUGUUUUAUUGUAAAAAGAGACAGAGACACAAAGACAUUGCUCCAGGCUGGAUUAAACCCUCCGGGAGGGGGGGUGCUGGUGCGCAUGUGUAGGACGUAGACGUGCUCAGCUUGUGCUCUCCACCGCAACGCACACAAAAUACCACGAUUACCACGAUACAACUGUCUGAGAGCUGACAUUUUCUGCUCGCUCGUCUACUCCGUCUGUUGAACCUCGCUACUCUGAAGAUGUAAGAUGCAAAGGAACCCUCCUGGGAAGCCCGGGACGAUCGAUGGAUACAUCGGCGCUGCUAAUGCUAGCGGGGCUAGUGCUAGCAGGGCUAGUGCUAGCGGGGCUAGUGCUAGCGAUAGCCGCUCUAAUGAUCCCGCUGCUACACCUCCGACUACUGCUUCAGAUACUGUGUCCUUAGACAAAACCCACAUGUACGAGAUGUGCAAGGCAAUCUGUAAGGACAUGUCAGAGACGAUUUUGGGGAGACUCGAUGAACGUUUCGACGCCUUUGACACCAAGUUUCAGUCUGUACUCUCUGUGCAAGCUGACCCGCAAAACCGCGUGGUCAGUCAAGAGCCAGCGGCCAGUGCGCUUGAAGAGCGUAAAAUACCUUUAAAAGAAAAGAAGAGCGUGUGGAAGCGCUUGAAACAAAAUGUGAAGAUUUAACGAAAUACGCCAGCCAGCUCCAAACCAAACUACUGGACCUAGAAGCGCGGUCCCGCAGACACAACAUCAAGAUUGUUGGUAUAACGGAGAACUCAGAGGAAGGAAAACCAACUGAUUUUGUCUCUAAACUUAUUCCCGAACUGCUGGGUAAACUUUCCUCAUCCAGUGAAAGUUGAUCGCUCUCUGCGACCCAAACCAGCGUCGGGCGGUAAGCCGCGCACCAUCGUGGCUCGGAUCCAUCAUUUCACCUCAGCAGGACGCAAUCACUGGAGUAUAAGGGGAACAAAGUUCUGAUCUUCCCUGACUACACCGCUGAAGUGACGAGCCAGCGCCGUGCUUUUCGUGACGUGAUGAAAGCCCUGAGAGACGGAGGAGUCAAACAUCACCUGCGCUACCCGGCCAGGCUUCAUGUUGACUGGGAUGAGGAGGACGGGGCUCCGGAGGUUUUCAACCAUCCAAUGGCAGCUGAAGCGGCUCGUUCACUGAAGGGACGUAACACCUCGGCAGAUGGUU